UUUAAUAGGAUAGAGAUAGGAUAAUAAAAUUGAUUACUGAAGCAAUAGCGGAUAGUUUUAUUGCUAUAAUAGUGAUAUUAUUCCUCGGAUUCCUUGAAUAAUCGUAAUUAUUUUGAAGGUUUUUACUACAUUUAAUAGUUAUACUUGUAAAAAAUUAUCCUUUCAUCAGAUGUAUGAAAGGACUCGCGAAACGUACUACUUUUUCUAAUUGUUAGGACUUGCUCGAGGAAAACAAUCUGAUAGAAGAGAAGAAACAUAUCACAAGUGAAGAAGUCGCUAUGUGAUUUGCAGUCAAUGUUACUUGCAUUUUCAAAAAGAAUAAAUAUUGAAGAUGGGAGACUCUGACAUUACUUAUGGGUCGACUAUGUCGGCAGAGUCAAUGAAGGUGAUUGCUGAAAGUGUAGGUAUCGCGACACUCGGCGACGACGCUGCUAAAGAUCUCAGUGACGACGUAUCAUAUCGACUCAAAGUGAUCGUGCAGGAUGCUAUGAAAUUUAUGCAUCACUCCAAAAGACAAAAACUAUCAAUCACUGAUAUUGAUCAUGCGCUUAAGGCUAAAAAUUUUGAGCCUCAAUAUGGAUUUGUUCAGCCAGAUUCAUUACCCUUCAGAUUUGCAUCUGGGGGUGGAAGGGAAUUACAUUUUAUAGAAGAGAAAGAAAUUGAUUUAAAUGAAAUUUUGUCAGCACCUCCACCAAAGAUUCCAUUAGAUGUUUCUCUGCGAGCUCAUUGGUUAAGUGUGGAUGGUGUGCAGCCAACUGUACCCGAGAACCCGCCCCCACUUUCUAAGGAAUCCCAAAAACUGGAAUCAGUUGACCCCAUCAGCAAGCUCAGUAAACCUGCCAACAAGGAUUCAGCAGGUAAACCAAUAUGCGGGAAGGCAGCACGGUUGAAGGCUUCUGAGUCAGUGCACGUGAAGCAGCUGGCCACGCACGAGCUGAGCGUGGAGCAGCAGCUCUACUACAAGGAGAUAACCGAGGCGUGCGUCGGCAGCGACGAGGGGCGCCGCGCGGAAGCCUUGCAGUCUCUGGCGUGCGACCCAGGUCUGCACGAAAUGUUGCCGCGGAUGUGUACUUUCAUUUCCGAAGGUGUCAAAGUCAAUGUUGUGCAAAACAACUUAGCGUUGCUGAUAUAUUUGAUGCGGAUGGUCAAAGCGUUGCUGGAUAAUCAAUCACUUUAUCUGGAGAAAUAUCUACAUGAACUAAUUCCGUCGGUAUCAACCUGCAUAGUGUCUCGGCAACUUUGCCUAAGGCCUGAAAUGGACAAUCAUUGGGCUUUGAGGGAUUUUGCUGCACGACUCAUGUCUCAAAUUUGCAAGACUUUCAAUACCUCUACGAAUAAUUUACAGACAAGAGUCACGCGAUUAUUCGCAAAGGCUCUCCAGUGUCCUUCUCAAACGGACAAUGAACCGGGUGCUGGACCAUCAAUGGCUAAUAUGAAAGAAUCAGAAAAGACUCCACUCGCUUCUCUCUAUGGAGCAAUACAGGGGUUAGCAGAACUUGGUCCAGAAGUAGUCAAGGUGUUGAUCUUGCCGCGCGUGCGGUGGCUGGGCGAGCGCGUGGAGGGCGCGCUGACAGGCACGGGCGGCGCCGACCGCCUGGCCGCCGGCAACCUCAAGCACCAGCUGCUCAAGGUGCUGGCGCCCGUGCUGCGCCAGCUGCGCCAGCCGCCCGACCAGCCCGACGAUUACAAGCGCGACUACGGCUACCUGGGCCCUAGCCUGCAGCAGAUGGUGAGCAAGCUGCGCGCGUCGCCGGCGGGCGGCGCGGCGGGCGGCGCCGUGGCCGUGGUCACGUGCACGCCGCCGCUGCUGCCGCCCGCGCCGCCCACGCCGCAUCUGCCGCACUCCGGCCUCGCCUCCAAGACCGUCGAUAGCCUGGGCACCCGAAACGUGAUGAUGAGCGCCGGGCCCGGGCCGCAGUCGCCGUCGCCGGGCACGCCGCCCCCGCAGAAGUUCGUCAUUGUUUCCCAGCCGAAACCGCCACAGUCGGUGGUGGUGACGAGCGGGCCGGCGGGCGCCGCCCCGCCGCCGCAGAAGGUGAUGGUGGUGGGCCUGCCGCCGGCGCCCGCGACCGCGCCCGUGUCCGUCGCGGCCCCGCCCGCGCACGUGUCCGCAGCCGCCUCCUCAAGCCAGGUUAGCCAGGCGCCGGUGUCGGUGGUGGCGAAGCCGGUGUUCGCGCGCGGCGGCAGCGCGCCGCAGCCGCCGCCCGAGCUGGACGACCUCUCGCACCUCGCCUGACGCCCAUGUCGCGCCAACACGCUACCCAAGAAGAAACCCUCCUGACACGCCGCAGCCAAAUCUUCCUCUACCAGCGAGAAUACACUUUAAUAUUUUCUCAUAGAUCAUUAUAUCUUGUAAUAUUUGACGAGAGGUCUCUAGCUCUAUAUUUAGAUGUGUUAGAUGAGUCCAUUUAAGAGUUAAGGGGCUAUAUAAUUUUGUAGUACGACAAGAUAAAAUACAAUAAUCUUACUUAUGUCCUAAUUGCAGCAACUCAUCACGCGCGCUUACGAAAAAAUUUUCCCCACGCGUAAAAUUGCAUCGUAUGCUCGUUAUUUUUUCCUGCUGCACUAUUUAAGUUACUCGUAGGUACUAAAUAAUAAAUAUCGAUUGACUAUGCCCACUUGACACAAACAACAACUCAUCCCUCUUGAUCCUUUGACGCCUUUACAUAACAAUACACCUGCGGAUAAUCAAUUUAAAGAGUUAUUUUUGUACACAACCCAUAAACAGCUAUGAAGAAUGUAUUCCAAAUAAAUCAAUCAGUCUUCUCUAUUUACUAGCCUCUGCCAGGCGUCGCUACAAAUAGGUACAUGGCGCCACACCAGUAUUGGUGUCUAUGCCUAGCAAUAGUAGUUGCCGCGCACCGCUAUGCAACGGACGCCUGCAGCCUCAUAUCUAUCGUAAUAGACGCGUUUUGUUAGAGAGUGAACUUUUUGUACCUAGUACUAUUAUUUAUUCUGUGCCUCUGCUAUCGGCUGGCGACCGCGAAUCAAAAUCCAUACUCUGUUAAAUGGAUCAGCCAAGUUUAUGAAUUAUGUGUUUUACUGUCCAUAACGCAAGUUAUUAUUUAAAAUAACAGGUAUUAAUUAAAAAAUAAAAAUUUUCUAAUAAAUUUCAUGAUAGUGUUAAGUUAACUAUCUCUUAAGUAAGUAAAAAAAGUUAUUUUAUACUUAAGCAUAAUAGCGUAACCUAGAUAUAAGGUAACUGCACAGAACCGUGCUGCUACAGUUUACUUCUGCAUAUUUAUAAAUUAUAACUGUUUGUAAAUUUAAUAAACGACUAUGCUUAAAACCGA